AGUUGACAAAUGGUUAGGUGCCUCCGCCGUUUCCCUCCCGGCAUCACGUCGCUGUCACGGCGAAGUCUCCUCUUCAUGGCCGGCUCCUCCAAUGCCUUGUCUCCUCCCGCAAGUUGGCAAUCUGGCAACCCUGUGUGUGUGGUUUUAGCGCGAACUCCGCCGCGAAGCGACAAGAGGCAAGGAGCUGACGACUAUAGCUGAGAGCCCGCCAGAAGAUCUGUCGCUCCAUAGAUGGAGGCGGCGGUCGAGGAGGAGAAGGUGUUCAUAGGGGUGCCGGCGGUGAAGGAGGAGGAGAAGAUCUCCGUGGCGGUGCCGGCGGUGAAGGAGAAGGAGGAGAAGGUGUUCGUGGCGGUGCCGGCGGAGCCCAGGGCGGGGCAGUCGACACUGUUGUGGGUUCUCGCCCAUCUCUACAGUAGCAGAGCCACCACGAUCGUCCUCACGCACGUGCACGUCCCGCCGCAGAUGAUCCCCAUCAUGGGGGUGAAGUUCCAUGUCAGCAAGAUGAGCGCGGACCAGGUGCGCUUGUUCAGAAUGGCCGAGCGUCAGCAGGUGGAAGAGAUGCUAGACGACUACAUCCAUCGCUGCUCUGAAAUCAAGGUGAAGUGCGAGAAGCUGGUGAUUGAGAACGAGGAUGUCGCAUCCGGUCUCGUCGAGCUCAUUGGCCUCCACGGAAUCACCAAGCUGGUGAUUGCAGCUGCCGCGGACAAGCAGUACUCAAAAAAGUUGAACAAACCUGUAUCAAAGACAGCUACAGAAAUGAUGCAGAGAGCUGACCCGUCGUGCAAGAUUUGGUUUGUCUGCAAGGAGAAGCUAAUCUGUGUCAGGGACAAGGAAGUACAAAUCGCAGCAUCGGCUGCCGUUGGCCAAGAAGUUGCGCGGUUGCCAUUUCACCACAAAGAGGAUGACAUUAAGAUGGAAAUGGGGUUGGACGUUGAAAUCGAAGAGGCGCGCAAAGCACUGGCGGAACUGAUGAGCAGAGCUCUGAAAGAAUCCUGCAGGCGCCAGAAGGCAGACGAAGAAGUGGCAGCAUAUCUCCAGAAAGCGAAAGUGUACGAGGAGCUGUACCUGGAGGAGGUCAGGAAGAGGGAAGAGCUCGAAGCAGCCCUCGCGAGGGCCGACAGAGAAAUCGCCCAGCUUAGGCGAGCAUUCGGCCAGCGAAACACACCCACGGAGGGACCCCAACAUGUAAUGCCAACGAGAUCAUCGUCGAUCCUGGCACAGCACACCGUCUUCUUAGGCGACGACGCAAAGAAAUCCGAUCUUGGACCAGAGGGCUGGCAACCGGCUGAGCCGGCCGUGAAUGGUGGAAGAGAACUGGAGGCCUUGCUCAGUCAUAGGAGGAUCAGGAAGGUGAUCCCGUUGUUGUCUCCGUUGUCGGUCAUACCAUCGCCUCCUCCCUGAUGAAGACGGGUACAACCUACGACGCUGAUGCGGUCAGGUGUUGGCUCGCGCACGGCGAGCUCGCCCCUUCCUCGAUUAAAUUGCGGGAGAGGCGAUACCGCCAUGUACAUGAACGAUUGCACUCAUUUAGAUGUUUUACUCAAAAUGGGGAACUAAUGCCUGACAUCAGCAUCAAUUAAUGCACAUAACCAGUUUUA